AUGUCUGCUGCCGUCAACCGCGGUCUGCGCCAGGCGACGAGAGCUCUGCGCCUCCACCCUACGACUUCUUCUGUGUCCUGCACCCGCUCGGCCCUGCGUCCUCUGAGCACCUCCAUCCUCAAGAACGCCGCCGCGCCCUCCGCUGCUCUCGCUGCUACCCGCGCCCGCACCUUCUCGACCAUGGCCUCGCUGCAGCAGUCUGUCAACACUGCCACGCCCUCGCCGUCCGCUGGCACGGGCUACGACCCUGAGAUUGCGGACAUUGCCAACUAUGUCCACAACUACAAGAUUGACUCGGAGCUGGCCUUCGACACCGCCCGCUAUGUCUUCCUUGACACCCUCGGCUGUGGUCUUGAGGCCCUGCGCUUCAAGGAGUGCACCAAGCUACUGGGCCCCGUUGUGCCCGGCACUGUCGUGCCCAACGGCACCAAGGUCCCCGGUACCCCCUUCCAGCUCGACCCCGUCAACGGUGCCUUCAACAUCGGUGCCAUGAUCCGCUGGCUCGACUACAACGACUGCUGGCUCGCCGCCGAGUGGGGUCAUCCCAGCGACAACCUGGGCGCCAUCCUCGCCGUGGCCGACUGGAUCACCCGCACCAACAAGGCCGGCGGUAACCUGGCCGGCGGCAAGAUCUUCACCAUCCGUGAUGUCCUCGAGGCCAUGAUCAAGGCUCACGAGAUCCAGGGCUGCCUAGCCCUGCUCAACUCGUACAACAAGGUCGGUCUCGACCACGUUGUGCUCGUCAAGGUUGCCAGCACUGCUGUCAUCAGCAAGAUGCUCGGCUUGAACGAGAAGCAGACCGCCGACGCCAUCACCCAGGCCUGGGUCGACGGCCAGUCUCUGCGUACCUACCGCCACUCGCCCAACACCAUGUCCCGCAAGUCGUGGGCUGCCGGUGAUGCCUGCCAGCGUGCCGUCAACCUCGCCCUGAAGGUCCUCAAGGGCGAGACUGGCAUUCCGACCGUCCUGUCUGCCCCUACCUGGGGCUUCUACGAUGUCCUCUUCAAGGGCAAGAAGUUCGAGUUCCAGCGCCCCUAUGGCAGCUACGUCAUGGAGAAUGUGCUUUUCAAGGUCUCCUAUCCUGCCGAGUUCCACUCCCAGACUGCCGUCGAGGCGGCCGAGAAGAUCCACCACCAGCUCAAGGAGAUGGGCAAGUCUGCUGCCGACAUCAAGGCCGUCACCUGCCGCACCCACGAGGCUUGCAUCCGCAUCAUCGACAAGCAGUUCAAGCCCAUGGACAACUUCGCCGACCGCGACCACUGCAUCCAGUACAUGGCCGCCACCAUGCUCGUCUUCGGCCGCCUGACCGCCGGCGACUACGUCGACGGCAGCGAGGCCGCCACCUCCCCGCUCGUCGAGGACCUCCGCAAGCGCAUUAAGUGCGUCGAGGAUCCCCAGUUCACCAAGGACUACCAUGACCCUGCCCUGCGCACCAUCAGCAACGGUCUCACCGUUGAGCUCAACGACGGCACCGUACUGCCUGAGGUCGUUGUCGAGGCUCCCCUCGGUCACCGUCUCCGUCGUGAGGAGGCCAAGCCCCACAUCAUGGCCAAGUAUAAGCGCCAUCUAGAGCCGCACUACCCGGCUGAGAAGGUCCAGCAGCUCAUUGAACUCGGCCAAGAUGCUGCUAAGCUGGAGGCUAUGGCUGUCGAUGAGUAUGUCGAUCUGUAUGUCGUGGAGAAGAGCAAGUUUGUGGAGUAA